UCAAUUUAUUUGAAUAGUAUUGGGCCCAACUCUAUUUUUUCCUACAAACUUACAAUUCCGAGAAAGAUUGCGCUUAUUGUGUGUAGCUUUGAUCUUGUGAUUGGCACAAUAUUUCCUUGGCCUCAACAAUUCAACCUUCUUCCUUAUCAGAUAUCAGCAUGGAUGCUUCUUUUCUGGAGACUCGAGAGCCUACCUUGAUUUAUUUUAUUGUUUCUGCUGUCAGUUUUGUAAAAAAAUUGCUUUGAUCUUGUGAAUGAAAGAUGGUGAAGCUGACAAUGAUUGCCCGUGUGACUGAUGGCCUCCUUUUAGUUGAGGGAUUGGAUGAUGGGCGUGAUAUACCAGACAUGGAGAGGUACAAACAGCAGGUCAAAAUUUUGUUCAAGAACCUUUCACGAGGCAAUAACGGUCCUUCUAGAAUGUCCAUUGAGACUGGCCCUUACACAUUCCAUUAUAUAAUUGAAGGACAUGUUUGUUACCUAACAAUGUGUGAGCGUUCUUAUCCUAAGAAGCUUGCCUUUCAAUAUCUGGAAGACCUUAAGAAUGAAUUUGAGCGGGUCAAUAAGAGUCAAAUUGAAACUGCUGCUAGACCUUACGCUUUUAUUAAGUUUGAUACAUUCAUUCAAAAAACCAAGAAACUUUAUCAGGACACAAAAACGCAACGCAACAUCACAAAGUUGAAUGAUGAACUUUAUGAAGUUCAUCAAAUAAUGACUCGGAAUGUACAGGAGGUUCUCAGUGUUGGUGAAAAGUUGGACCAGGUUAGUGAAAUGUCCAGCCGCUUAACAUCAGAAUCUCGCAUUUAUGCCGAUAAAGCAAAAGAUUUGAAUCGCCAGGCUUUGAUACGGAAAUGGGCCCCAGUAGCUGUUGUCCUUGGAGUUGUUUUCCUCCUACUCUGGGUGAGAAAGAAGCUUUGGUGAUUCAGAUGGCAACAUCUAUGUCUAACACACAAAUGACACAAGAUAAUCAAGAAUCAGUCUUGGGUAUUCAUAUGUCACUCUUUUGGACAUCUCCAAAUCAUCACAAUUUGCAAUUGGUUACCUCAAAGUUACAUGACGUUCGCCGAACAUUGUUUAUACGGUAUCUCGUUUCAAGAGACUGGUUUUCUAAGUAUCGGGAUUUGAGAUAUUAUGUCAUUCCUUCACACACACACACAUAUAUGAUGUAAAACAGAGUAACUACAAGAUGGAUGGCCAAUUUAGCCUGUCUAUGCGAGUUUUAAGUACAUUUUGUGUUUUUACUAAUUCUUUGUAGUUUGUCCUUCCAAACUGCCCUUUUAAAAUCUUGAUUCACCCCACUAAUCAGAUAGUUAUGAUGUAUUUUCAAUAACACAUUGGUGUAAUUUUGACCAACGUGGUUCUUCUCCAUCGUUAUUUUGAAAAUUUGAUGCAAAUUGCUUGUUUC